AUGCCGCCCAAGAAGCUGCAAUCCGCGGACUACCACGUCGCCUGGAUCGCCCCCGUAUCCAGCCUCGAGCUGCUGCCAUCGCGCCUGAUGCUCGACGAGGAGCAUGAUGCGCCCGACUACGAUACAGCCUACGACGACAACGUUUACACAUGCGGAGCCCUUGCCAGUCACAAUGUCGUCAUCGCAACUUGCGCGCCGGGUAUGACCGGCAACGUCAACGCCGGUCGCGUGACAGAGAUUCUGAGCCACGACCGCUUCACGGUCGCGUUUCUACAGUUUGGAGCAUAA